UGCUGGUUUAAAUAUUUUUAAAAGUGAGCAGUGUUGGGUAAAAGAAUAAGAAAUAGGGUUACCUGCAGUAUAUUAAUAUAACGGCUAUUUAGCAACACUGACAACAAUCAGCCGCUAUAUUUAUUUACAAAUUGUUGUGAAACUUUAUUUACUUAAAUAUAAAAUAAUUAAUAUACAAAUAUGUCCACCCAUGUGGUUAAGCUUAUCCAACGCACCCAUCUUUCGCACAGCCAGUUAGACGUCAAGCCCUUCAUAUACGUUCGAAGCCACUGGCUGGAAAACGAGGCGGAGUUCGACUUCCUUUCCACAGUGGACAAUAGGAGCUACCGCGGCAGCCUUAAAUACGAGGAGCUGCGGAGUGCAAGCAGUGAACUGGACCAGCCCUUUGAAACCUUCUUCGAAGAGUGCAAGGGGGCGAUGACCACACACAUGGGACAGCAGGGAUUCGACUACGAACUGUGUCUGGAUAAACCCGAGCAACCUGUCUUUAAGAUGUACAAGUGCAUGGGCUACGAAACGUUAUACUUUGAGAUUACCUUGCGAACGGUGUCAAACUGCUACCAGUUGCUGGAUGCAGCCAUCGAAGCGGGCCAGCAAAAGCCACCUGCUCCUGCUCCAGUAACCGCUGAAUCCCAGAUCCAGGAAACCACAUCGCUGGCUGAGUAUGAGCAGUAUGUAAAGGAUUCCAAGCUGAAGGAAGCGGAACUCCUCAAGAAGUUCCUUGUGCUAAUAAACAGCAAGAAGGCGCACAUCAGAGAUUUGGAGAACCAGCUAGAGGAGGAGCGCUCAAAAAAGUCCCCCAAGAGCCCCAAGAUCUCCACUGAUGAGGAGGAAGAUGAAGCGUAUGGAGCGGCCACACAGGCUAUGAACGUGGAAGACGAAGACUCGUAGUAAAACAUUCCCUCUUCGGUGGCCGAGUUAUUAACCUUUACCGCUGCCCCCCUUACAUACCUUUGUACAUAUUUAAUUUUGUAGCCCAACUAAGUGCAAUGACUUGCUUUAAUUAAAACGCACAUAUGUA